AGGGGAUGAAACAUCCCAGAUUUCUUCCAUUCUGAGUGAAAAGAAUCACCCUAAAAUAUGUUUUAAAGGUUUUGAAUAUUUAUUGCAUAUUUGUGUCUUUGCAUAAUUUAGGAUGAUUUAGAUAUUUCUAAAUCACACUUUUGGGUUGUGCUUAUUUCCCUGUAGGCUGUAAGCUUGUUGUAGGCAGGGAUUGUGUCUACCAACUCUAGUAUUGUAGUCUUCCAAGUGCUUAGUGCAGUGCUCUGCACACUGUAAGGACUUCAUUGCUGUUGGUUGAUUUGAAUCUAAAACAGUAAUAUUCUGCUUGCUGGCCAUUUCUUCAUUAGUAGGUGAAGAAACUCUUUCAAAGUAGAGACAAAAUGAACCCAUCAUUAUGACCUUAUUUCUCUUGGGCAUUUGCAGGAUAAGUGCUCAAUAAAUACAAUUGAAUGAAUCCUUCAGAGAAUUGCUAGAAUAUAACUCUGGACAAAGGAAACCACUUUAUUGUUUUUCUUUAGCAGUUCACUGUUGAGAGUGCCUGAGAGGAGAAUUGUUAGCAGAAGAUGGGUCCCUUAUGUCUCAUGUGAUUAUUACCACACGCUUGCUUUGAGAUUGGCCUUGGCGUUAGUUCCACCUAGCUUUCAGAAAACAGUCAAAAAGAAAAACGUCUUCAUACUUGGCCGAGUUUCCAUUACGUUCACAAAGUUCAGAAAGAAGCGUUGACUCUCCAAAGAUAUAGUAACCAGCAAUAAGUAAAUCAUGGAUAAAUAUGACAUAGUUAAAAUGAUUGGCGAAGGAGCAUUUGGAAAAGCAUUCUUGGCAAAAGGAAAAGCAGAUAACCAGCAGUGUGUUAUCAAAGAAAUCAAUUUAACAAAGAUGCCAGUUCAAGAAAAAGAAGCUUCUCAGAAGGAAGUCAUCCUUUUGGCCAAGAUGAAGCAUCCUAAUAUUGUAGCAUUCUUUAGUUCUCUGCAAGAGAAGAACAAGCUGUAUAUUGUAAUGGAAUACUGUGAUGGGGGUGACCUAAUGAGAAGAAUCAAUAACCAAAGAGGAGUACUGUUUUCUGAAGAGCAGAUUCUGGGUUGGUUCGUGCAGAUCUCUCUAGGACUGAAACAUAUUCACGACAGGAAGAUCUUACACAGAGACAUAAAAUCCCAGAACAUUUUUCUCAGCCAUAAUGGCAUGGUGGCAAAACUUGGGGACUUCGGCAUAGCAAGAGUACUGAACAACACCAUGGAGCUCGCUCGGACUUGUGUGGGAACGCCAUACUAUCUGUCUCCAGAGAUCUGUCAGAAUAAACCCUACAACAAUAAAACGGAUAUUUGGUCUCUUGGCUGUGUCUUGUAUGAGCUGUGCACAUUAAGGCAUCCUUUCGAAGGCAACAGUUUACACCAGCUGGUUUUGAAGAUUUGCCAAGCACGCUUCAAUCCAAUCUCCUCGAAGUUUUCUUCCGACCUCCGGCUCUUAAUUUCCCAGCUCUUCAAAGUAACCCCGCGAGAUCGGCCGUCUGUUAAUUCCAUCCUGAAGAAACCCUUUCUGGAGAAGCUAAUUGCCCAGUUCUUGACCCCCGAGAUGAUGCAGGAGGAAUUCAGCCAUACACUUCUGCAUAGAAAAAGGCCUUCAGCAAGUCAUCAUGCAAAUAAGCCGGUUCAGGAUCCUAAUAAACAGAGAGUGAAAUGCCAAGGGCGGUUUCUUCCAGCACCAAGGAUUUUGAUCCCUGCUGCCAAGAGAGAGGAGUUAAGACCCAGAAAGGUGCGGAACGCUCCUGAUGGAGCCCAACAACCCGAAUCUCAUCAAAGAGCCCAAGACAGAGUGGUAGAAAGAGCAGAAGCCGCUCGAAUGGGUGGACCUUAUGACCAUUAUCAUGCCCAACUGGACAUCUUACAGAAGAGGCUUGAUGAGCUGGACUGUCAGGAUGGUUCCCAGAUCGACAGAAGAAUGGAGGAAUAUUAUAAACACAAAGAAAGAUGGGUCCCACCUCCAGCUCAGCGGCCUGCUGAUUAUCUUCAAAGGAAAUUUGAAGCCCAGCAGUAUAAACUGAAAGUGGAAAAGCAGUUGGGUCUUCGUCCAUCCUCUGCUGAGCCGACACCCAACCAGAGACUCAACCAAGACAGAAAGGGAGACCAGCCCAAAUCUCAGAAGCCACAAUCCAGAAAGAAUGCAAUUAAGGAAGAGGACUACAGGAAACAGUUGGAGGAGAUCCGCCAACAGUAUCACAGUGAUGUGAAAGAGAUUAGAAGGAAAGUUGGAAGAGGAUUAGAGGAGGCUUCCAGGGUGACUCACAGGACCUACUUGGUCAAGCAGAGGAACCAACCUGCUCCCAGCGAUGCUCCUCAAGGGGAAGACGCGGUCCAGGUGAUUGAAAGGAACUUGGAACAAAUCAAGCUGCCGAACAGGGAGGAAAGAAAAGUACUGGAAAAAAAACACAAAGCUAAAGGAGGGGUCAAGUUUGAAAUCAAUCUACAUUCCGCUCAUGAAAACGCCCCUGGGGAGGAGAUGGAAAACGACCCACUGAACGAAACUCUGACUUUCGUGAGUGGCAAGAAGCUCAAAGAGGAGCUCAGGAAGAUGCAUGCUGACUGUCCAGAAAAAGCUUCUGUAGGACUACUUUCUUCCAAAGCAGAUGGUCAGGUUUCUGUGGCUGAGGAAGUUUCAGAAAACAGGAAACAAUGGAAUAAAGAAGCCCCAGAGACACUGAUGAACAUCCUAGCGGCUGCAGAUCUGACUAGUGAUUCCUUCUCUGUGAGCGAAGGACAGUUUGAGGCAACGUUAAGACGCUGGCUUCCCAAAGAAGUUGAGGGGAAGGCAGAAGCUGCCGCUGACAUCGAGGUGGAUGAAGAUCGACUUGAGCCCAGAUCUGAUGAUGAUGACACUAACUUUGAAGAAUCUGAAGAUGAGCUGAGAGAUGAGGUGGUUGACUCCCUAGAGAAACUUUUAAGUUCCACAGAGGAGGAGAGGAGAGAAGAGCUGCCAGCCAUCGCCCAAGGUGGCGAACAGCCUGAAGCUGAAGAACAUUUGAGAAAGCAAACCUCUGAGAACUCACCUGAGGGUAGAGAACUCAACUCCGUGCCACCCAUCACAGAAAACGUGAUUUCCGAGGAGGGACAAGGAAGAGGGCAUGCCCAAAAGAUGCACGUAUGAGGAGUAAGUAUAUAGUCUUCUAGGUAAGAGCAGUUGAGCCUCUGUGCCACUGUCACUGAGCAUAUGUGGGCAGUGGGAGGGAAGAAGAUUGGUCCAAGAGGUUGGAAAGACAGUUGACUCAGAACGAGGAGUGGCAGGGAAUGGGGAUGGCUUAGAGGCAUGGGGGCUGGGGGUCCUGGGGAUUGGACUAGGGUAUUCCAAGGGUGGGAAGAGAGGCCAAGGUGCUGGUCCAAUUGGAUGGGCAACCUAGGUGGCGAACAGGAAGAUAAUUGGGGGGAGGAUGUGGGGGGAGGAGCCGGGAAGGUGGCAGUGAGACAGGUACGGAGAGGGCUGAGAAACAGAUUUUGCUCCUUGUGGGCAGGGAUCAUGUCUUACAACUCGACUGUACUGGACUUUCAUAAGCGCUUAGUACAAUGCCCUGCACACAGGAAGCGUUCAGUAAAUACUGUUGAUCAGCUGAUGGCCACGCAUAUGGAGAGAAAGGACAGUUAGAAAGAGAGAAGAAAAAGAGGGGAGAAAAGGAAGAUAAAAUGGAGACAGACAGUAGGAAGAGAUGAGAGAUGGGGGUGUAAGAGGAGGAAAGACAGGACCUAAAAAAAGGGGUGGUAUGAUAAAUCCGGCUGAUAUAUCCUAGGAAAGAUGUGCUAGGGCUGAAGAAAUACCUAGGAAGGCUAUCGAGAUGAUUAAGGAGAUGGAGAUAUUCCCCUUGGGGAUAAACUGAAAAAUUAGUUUGAAAAGACAGUGCUUAAUACAGUGCCUGGCACAUAGUAAGUGCUUAACAAAUACCAUUAAAAAAAAGAACGGUGGAGGCGGCCCACGAUGGAGGUACACAGUGGGAGGGAACGGGAUUGAGGUGAGAAAUGGCUAAAGCAGCGGGGACCACGGCAGAGAAAGGUCGGAGAGUCACUGGAGCCUGCAGUGACCAUCCAAGCCAUGCAUUCGAGUGCAGCAGGGCCACUUAAUGAAGGAAUGGGGAAGUAACCAGGCCCCAUUUGCUAAUCCUUCUAGCCCACCUCAAUCCCAGGUCCCAGUUCUCCUAAUCCCACUCCCUCAGUGAACUCUCAGUUCACACCAGCCAAUCACCAAGUGUGUGCCCCACCCCCUGAGUCCCACUCUGUGUUUCUGUUCUGUCCCGCUCCUCUGACGGUGAGACUGCUAUUCCAGUACUUGUAAGGCGGAACCUAUAAGAUGUUUGAAAAGUGUACUUUGAUAGUGUUCUGAAACGUAACCAGGGACUAGACCUGAAAUCAAGAAUACUGUAGUUCCCCCAACUGGUUUAGAAAAAGGCUCAAGGGAUAUUCAAAUGGGGGUCUGAUGUUUAACAACGGUUGGGGAGGCGCUUUCGUAAAUAAAUCUGUAAAUGGCU